UAAUGGGUUAGGUGUUUAGAAAUGUCAAACAUGCACACUGAAAGUUUUCUCUGGCCUUUCAGUAAUGCAGAUGUUGAUAAUUCUCUGAGCAACUGAAGCUAGAAUGCUUUUAUGACAGUUUUUGUCUAUAGUAAGUGAACAUUCCAUUGGGCUUCGAAAUAUACAGUAGUGUACCUCUGGGAUUUCUGGGAUUAGCAAGCAAAGGAUGUCCUCAUCAAGAUCCAGGCUUCCUCUGCUCCUGUAUGGGAUCCUUCUGUGCAGCUCCUUUGCUCCAGUCAUCAGCAGCACAAGACAAACUAUACAGAGUAUUGGAUCAUUGGUUCAAGCCAGCAGCAACACCUGGGACAAGAGGGAAGUGCUACCAAGAGAUGGAGAAUACCUGCUGGGGAUAAAGAGACUAAGAAGACUUUACUGUAAUGUGGGCAUUGGCUUCCAUAUUCAGGUCUUACCAAAUGGGAAGAUCACAGGUGUACAUAAUGAAAACCGAUACAGCCUUCUAGAAAUUUCUCCUGUGGAGAGAGGAGUGGUGACUCUGUAUGGGGUGAGAAGUGGUCUCUUCAUUGCCAUGAGUGAGAAAGGGAAACUCUAUGGUUCGGUCGGAAACAAUCCAGGAUAG